UUCUCCAUCAAUACCUAUCUAUCUCUCUUUCUCUUUCCAUAUAUAACUUGCCACCUGCUUUAAUUAUUUCUUAGCUUGCUUGGUGACAUGGCACUAACUGGUAAGCUUAGUAUUGAAAUUGGAAUUCAUGCACCUGCUGCAAAGUUCUUCCAUCUCAUGACAAAGCAACUCCACCAUGUUCAAAAUGUUUGUGAAAGGGUGCAUGGUGCCAAGCUUCAUGAAGGUGAUGAAUGGCACAGCGUUGGUGGUUCUGUUAAACACUGGACUUAUGUCAUAGACGGUAAGGUUACUACAUGUAAGGAGACUAUUGAGUCCAUGGAUGAACAGAACCUUUCAGCCACAUACAAACUGUAUGAUGGAGAUGUCAGUCAACAUUAUAAGGACUUUAAGCUGAGCUUUCAAGUGAUUGAUAAAGAGAAUGGAGGUGCCACUGUUAAAUGGACUAUUGAAUAUGAGAAGAUCAAUAAUGAUGUUGAAGCUCCAUAUGGCUACAUCGAAUACCUUGACAAGUGCACUAUAGAAAUGGAUUCUCAUCUUGUUAAGGCAUGAGCCAGCAGAACCAUUAAAAUGAUAAUUAAGGUGUAUGUUUGUGUCUUGAAGUUAAAAUGCUUAUCUAAAUUAAUAAUGAGUGUGACCUGAUAAUAUAAUAAGGGUUUGUUUGCGUCAUAUGCUACGUUCACCCAUUGUUUCAAGGGAUUGAACAUGGGUAGGUAUGUCAUCAUUAAUGAUUUCCUGUUGGCAUUAAUUAUGUAUGUCUGUCUUGGAAAGUGUAUGUGUAAUGCAAAUAAUUGAAUGUGUAUUUAUA